AUGGGAAUUAUAAGUUAUAACAAACAAAUAAAGAAAGGACAAUCUGUUAAUUGUAAGUUCGAUUUGCAUCCUUCAAUUUAUUUCAAAAAACUUAAUUUGUAUUAAUGUAACUGCAUAUUUGAGUGUGGAUAAAAAAUCAUGAUUAGAUAUUUAGAUGACUAUUCAAAACUUACUAUUUAAACUCAUUAAAGAUUAUAUGAAAGAUUCUUUACUAGAAAUGGAGAUUUUUAUAUGAAAAUUAACAAAACCGAUUGUUGUACUAUUUACAACAUGAGGAUUGUUUUAGAAAAAUGUUUGCCUACAAAAAAACAAAUGAAAUCUGCUUACUCUCUAUUGGAACAUUUAAGUCUUUAUGAUGAAGGAAAUGAUCAAAAAAUAAAAUAAUAAGUUUAAAAACAAAGCAUUAUUUAGAAAGAUUUUUAAUAAUAAAUCUUAGAAAAUUAAUAGAAAUAAAUAAAAAAAUAUAAUUAAAUUCAUAAUCAAUAAAAAAUUAAACUUUAUUAAAUUAUAGAUGCAUCAAUAUAAAAAUGUAAAUAGUCUUUUGAGGAACUAACUUAGAUAGUGAAUUUAAAUUUUACUUUAAAAGAAAAUGAUGUUAAGAUAUUUUAACAUUAGACAAAAACAAAAUUUUAUUCAAAUGCAAAUUUAUUAUUAUUUCAUUAAAAUCAAUAAAUUUUCAAAACUUAAAAGUAUUCCCUUGACAAAUUCAAUGAAUUUUUAGGUGCUACUUUAAGAAAAUUAAACUAAGAAGUAAAUGAAUUUACUGUUUUAUAAAAAACAAAAGGAUUUUUAACUUUGAUUGAUACAAAAGAAUUAAUAGAAAAUUUAAAUUGUUAAAAAUAAGGAUUAGUAAUUUAAUAAUAAUAAUCCAUAAAAUAAAUUUAGAAAUAAUCAAAGAAAUAAAGUAUUUUUAAAAAUAAGAGUUUGAUAAACCAUGAAACAUUUACAUUUUAAACAUUUUAAGUUGGCCCUAUUGUUAUCACGAUUAAGUAUAUAUAAAAUUUGAAAAUAUUAGAGAUUUAGAAUAAAGUAGAGAUAUAGUUGAUUUUAUAUUUUAAUAUCACAACGUUGUACAUAAUAGAAAUGAUAAUGAUGAAGAAAUCAUAAGAUUAUAUUGUAGAAAUUACUUAAAUACUAACACAUAUUUAGAAGACUUAAAGCAAAAUAUCAAAAUAUAAUUAGGUCAAAGAUUCAUGGAAUACAAAGUAAAUGGUAAACUAAUUGGUCUUGGGGCUAUUGUAUUAACUUAAGAAUAUUUUAUAUCUGAAUAUUUUUUCUAUCUUCCUGAAUUGAAAAAUUUUAAUUUUGGAGUAUUUUCAAUAUUAGUUGAACUUGAAUAUGCAAAAAUGAUUUAAAAAUAUUUCCCAAAUUUUAAAUAUCAUACUCUUGGUUAUACUACAUUUAGCACAAAAAAAAUGGAAUAUAAGUUAUAAUUUAGUGGUAUUGAAAUUUAAUGUCCAAAUAAAUAUCUUUGGGCUGAAUAUGAUGAUUAAGUUAAAUCUUAAAUGAAAUAGAAAAAUUUUAAUAUUCCAAUUCCAAUAUAAAUAUAACCAUUAGAUUUCUCAAAAGUAACUAUUUAAUUACAAGAUAUGAAAAUAAAAGCAAAUUUAUUAUGUGAUGAUGCAUAAUAAGAUGAAAUUUCAAAUGAUUUAAAAUAAUAUGCUUAAGAAUAUGGAAAUGAAAUUAUGUAUGAUUUCAUAUUUAUAUAUAAUGAAGAAAUAUAUAGGGGAAUUCAAUAAAAUUGA